AUUUCAUAUCGCAUAUAGUGAAUUUUGUCCAUGAUGGACCCUUUUGAUGAUUUUCAGGUAACAAAGUUACCGAAAGCAUCGGUCCCUAGGACUCCUUCUACAGCGUCUACGUCAACAUUCCGUAAAAGGAGUUAUCAGGAUACCGAUUCAGCUGAUGAUACCGAUUUAUUAAGGGAGAAUGGAGACCAUAUUGGUGCCCGUUCUCCGGAGGCUGAUCGCAAAUAUUACCGCAAUUCAUCUCGUGUAGACCCUUAUGACCGCAUUAUAGAUCACAUGUGGUAUGAUCGUGAUGAUGAGAGUUUUUUAAUGCAGAACAACUAUGAUGAGGGUAAUCAGGUAUAUUACGCUGAGCAGGAAGCCAAGCGACAGGCCCAGCUGCCUGGUACCAUAAAGCAGCUGGGCACUGCCAAUCAGAGGUCUAAGGGCUCUUUAUCAUUUCAGAAGCACAUUGAUAAUUCUUUAUGGGAAUUAUCUCGUAUUAGUCAGGGUGGUGCUGGAUCACGUCUGAGUACCCUGGAGUACCAGGGUCUCACUGAGAGCAAUAUGCACAAGGAGGAAGCCAAAAAGAUAGUUCUUGUGCGUUCCGUGAUACCGCCAUUUAUAUACGAUGGCUUAUCCAAGGAAACUCGUGAUGAGCUUGAUUCUAGUUUUGCUGCUGGUGACAAUACCUUCAAUCACAUAUACAACAAGUUUUUGAACCAGAAGAUUUCCGUGGUCAAGGAUAGCACUUCUGAUAUAGCUCAGAUGGCUAAGAAGGGCAGUGCCAUUCUUCGUAAGCUUAAGGAGGAAUCUGAGCGUAAUGCCAGUCGCGUUCGUUUCUGGGAUUUGGAGGGUUCCAAGCUUGGUUCGUUGUUACUCUUGGGUGACGACAGUAAAGACAAGAGUCACGACCAGCCGGACAACAGUGCCAACGAUAGCAAAUACUCCCAAUUUAUGGAUACCGACAUUCCAGAGUCUGAACUGUGCGAACGGCUGAGUGAAUCCAAAAAAAAGCUUCGUGAGACUCGUGAGCAGUUACCUGUAUUCAAGUGUCGUGAUGAGUUGCUUUCAUACAUUGGUCAAUUCCAGGUAAUGGUUGUUGUUGGUGAAACUGGUUCUGGUAAGACAACACAGCUAGCUCAAUUCCUAUAUGAAUCAGGUUACUAUAAGCGCGGUGUUAUAGGUUGCACCCAGCCUCGUAGGGUUGCUGCGGUAUCAGUUUGCCAGCGUGUUGCUGCGGAAAUGGGCUCUAGGGUGGGUGACCUAGUUGGUUAUUCCAUUCGUUUUGAGGAUCUAACCAGCAGGAACACCGCUGUUAAGUUCAUGACUGACGGUAUAUUACUGAGGGAGACUUUAAUGGACCCUGAUCUUGAUCGUUACAGCUGUAUUAUCAUGGACGAAGCGCAUGAGCGGAGUUUGAACACUGAUGUAUUAUUUGGCAUUCUAAAAUCUGUUGUUGCACGUCGCAGGGAUAUUCGUGUUAUUGUCACAUCGGCUACUAUGGAUGCGGAUAAGUUUGCAAGGUUUUUCGGCAACUGUCCAAUUUACAAAAUCCCUGGGCGUACAUUUCCCGUGAGGAUAGAGUAUAUGCGUUCUAUGGGCAAUGACUAUGUUGAGUCUGCUGUUGACAAAUGUGUAUCUUUGCAUAUAUCAGAGGGUCCUGGUGAUGUCUUAAUCUUCAUGACGGGUCAGGAUGACAUUAACGCUACUUGUGAAUUAUUAGACCUUAAACUCUAUAAGGUCAUGCAAUCUACUACUCGUGCUGAUUUACAGCCAUUUUGUGUAUUGCCUAUAUACAGUCAGUUACCAAGUGAAUUGCAGCAACGUGUUUUCAAGAAGUACCCAUAUCGCAAGGUUAUCGUUUCCACCAACAUUGCCGAGACAUCUUUGACUUUGGAUGGCAUUAAAUUCGUGAUUGACAGUGGUUUUUGUAAGUUGAAGGUUUACAACCCUAAAGUCGGUAUGGACAGUCUUCAGAUAACUCCUGUUAGUCAGGCUGGUGCCAAUCAAAGAUCCGGUAGGGCAGGGCGCACGGCACCUGGUAUAUGUUAUAGGCUUUACACUGAGCGCACGUACUUGAAUGAUCUAUUUGAGAACAAUGUCCCUGAGAUUAUGCGUACUAACCUUUGCAACGUGGUCUUGCUUCUUAAAUCCCUAAAAGUCAAGCGCCUUACAGAAUUUGAUUUCAUUGACCCACCGCAUGCUGAGAACAUCUUGAGUGCCAUGCUUCAGUUAUGGAUUUUGGGUGGCAUUGAUGAGUUUGGUGAGUUGACUGACAUUGGUCGUAAGCUCGUUCACUAUCCUUUGGAGCCUCCUUUGAGUAAGAUGAUGAUCGCUGGCGAGAGUGAGCGUUGCAUGUCAGAGAUACUAACGGUGGUCUCCGUAAUGUCAGCUCCCAAUGUAUUUGUUGUUGAGAAUGAGACCGACGCGCAACGUGAGAGCGCUGAUAAUGCAACCCGGGAGAAGUUCAUGGUCCCAGAAAGUGACCACUUGACUCUAUUGAAUGUCUACAAGCAAUGGUGUGCCAAUGGUCGUAGCGACUCGUGGUGUUUACAGUAUCGCCUUCAGCCAAAAUCAUUGCGUCGUGCUGCUGAGGUCCGCCAGCAACUCCUUGACAUUGUGACCAAGCAAGGUAUUGAGGAGACCUCUUGCGGCACUAAUUGGGACCAGGUGCGCCGUGCAAUAUGCUCUGGGUACUUCCACAAUGCCUCUAAGUUAAAGGGUCUUGGUGAGUACUCUAACUUGAGGAGCUUUGCUCCGUGUUUUUUGCAUCCCACUUCAGCACUUUAUGGUAUGGGUUACACUCCUGAUUACGUGGUCUACCAUGAGGUCGUGAUAACUUCUAAGGAAUACAUGCGCCACGUAACUGCGGUUGACGCUGAGUGGCUGUAUGAAUUGGGGCCUAACUUUUUUUAUUUGAAGAACAUAGAUGCCGGGGGCAGUGCUCAGCGUACCAAGGACAAGCUUGAGAACGAGCGUUUACGUCAAGAGAUGCGUUAUAAAAGGAAUUACCAGGAAACCUUGGAACGUUCCCAGUUACCAGGGGCUAGUAAAUCCGUAGGUGCGGUCACUUUCGGUGCCAGAAGGUCAAAUAAGCGUUGAAGUGUGACUGUUUAAGCUA